CUAGCAUGAUAACGAGGCAUCCAGUGUUUUGAUGAAGUCCGCAACUUGUGAAUCUUUGUUCGUUUUUGUAGAAAAUUCUCAAAUUCUCUCAAUUCUGCACUGAAUUGUGACCAAAACUACAAGUAGUUAUUCCUAGUCAUGGAUGCACCGCCCGAAAUAGGCAAAUCUCUAAAGGAAGCCUUGCUGGAGAAGUACAAUGACGAGCAAUUCGAUUUAGAUCUCAACUACAUCAACUUGUCCCCUCGGAGAGAAGCUCUUUGCAAGUCACAUGUUCUGAACUUCUCCAAGCGGCGCACUAUUUCACUUGAUAACUGCGAUGUGACCUGUGCAGGGUUUCCAGGGGAGAUCAGGGAGCUGUGUCCAAAUGUCGAAGAGCUUGAUCUACAUACCAACAAGAUAUCUGAUUGGAGGGAGGUAUUUAGCAUAUUAUUCCAGCUGCAGCGCCUAGAGUGCCUAAACUUGAGUAACAAUCCCUUGCCGACAGAAGACACAGACUUCACAGAGCUGCUGACAGAGUCUUGUCCAUCAGGGGUGCCACCAGUCAGACAGCUCAUACUUAACGAUACCGCGGUGUCACUGGCCACAACAUAUAAGCUCUUGGAUUGCUUGCCAGGGGUCCAAGUAUUGUUUGUCAGCCUCAAUGAUUAUGACACGAUCCCCAAUACUGACAAGACCUAUCCCAGCAUCAAACAUCUCUUUAUGAACAACCACGCCAUACAAGACUGGGCAGAGAUUACUAACAUUGGCAGAAUCUUUCCCAAACUUGAAGAACUGGUAAUGUCGGAAUCUCCAAUGGAAAACAUCUCCCCAACUGGUGAACUCUUCCCUAACCUUCACACACUUAAGCUCAACAAGACAGCAAUUGGACGGUGGGCAGACAUCGAUGCAUUGAACACAUUUCCCUCUUUGAGAGAUAUUCGACUGCUCGGAAUUCCCCUUAUCGAGAAUUACUCCGAUAAAGAGCAGCGCCAGUUGCUAAUUGCAAGACUUCCCAACAUAACAAAGCUAAACGGUACAAAGGUUGACGAGGAAGAGAGAGAGGAUGCGGAGAGGUUUUUCAUAAGACAUCAUAUGGAUGAUACUAAUCCCCCACAGAGAUACCGUGAUCUUGUACAGCAACACGGAGUGCUAGACAAAUUAGCAGAUGUUGACCUUGACCCAAAAACAGUCGCCAACGUCAUUGUUCGCUAUGAAGAGCAGUCACCAUUUAGAGUUGACUUAGAUUUGACACAAACUGUGAAGGAGCUUAAGAAGUACUUGAGUAAUGAGCUUGGUAUUCCCUCAAAUAAGAUGGUGCUGCUCCAUUUAGACCCGGUUGGGCCUUUUGGUGCAGUGGAGAUGAAAUAUCUCAACAACCCUUUGUAUUACUACAAGGUUUACGAUGGCAAUGAAUUGCUUGUGCACAGAAAGUAGUCUACCUAAAACAAAUAACAGAUUUUUAUUAUUAUCGAGGAUUCAGUGGGUCACAAGAUCGAGGGGAGGGGGUAGGACAAGAGAGGACCUCCCCUCCCCACGCUUUGCUGACCUUGAUUUCCGGAUCGUGAAAAAUGUUUUUUUUUUAUUUACUUCACUGUGGAGUUCACUAGAAAUUAUCUGACUUUCUAUUCAAAAACACAAUAGCUGGAAAAACAAAGUCAAACUUUUUAUUAAAUUUUUUUUAUGACAUCAGUUUCACAUUGUAAAUAGUCUUGCUUUAAUUUUGAAAGGUGAAUUAUCGCGGCUCUUAUUAAGGCUAAGGGGGUUUUAUUAAUGUUUUCUUUUGAAAUAAAAUUGUAGUGAUGGAUAAAAA